CCCGGAAGCGGUUGUUGCUGCGCUAGGGGAAGGGUCCUGGGGGACUUGGCCCUGCUGCGGCAAGAUGACUGUAGAUAUCCAACCAGCCUGCCUUGGAUUGUAUUGUGGGAGAACGGUACAAUAUAUAAAUGCGUCAACUGAAAUCUAUGGCGACUGUGGGGUUUGUCCUAGAGGACAGCGAACAGAUGGGGAUAAAAUCUGUCGGGAGUGUACAGGAUAUCCAGGGCAUUAUGACUGGCUAUACCUUGGCUUUAUGGCCAUGCUUCCUUUGAUUUUGCACUGGUUCUUCAUUGAAUGGUAUUCAGGGAAAAAGAGUUCCAGUGCACUGUUUCAGCAUCUUACUGCCUUAUUCGAAUGCAGUGUUGCAGCAAUAGUUACACUGCUUGUGAGUGAUCCAGUAGGUUUUCUGUAUAUCCGUUCUUGCAAGGUAGUGAUGCUUUCUGACUGGUAUACAAUGCUUUACAACCCAAGUCCUGAUUACAUUACAACUGUACACUGUACUCAUGAAGCUGUCUAUCCUCUAUACACCAUUGUAUUUAUAUACUAUGCCUUCUGUCUGGUGUUGAUGAUGCUGCUCCGACCUCUUCUGGUUAAGAAGAUUGCCUGUGGGUUAGGAAAGUCAGAUCGAUUUAAAAGUAUUUAUGCAGCACUUUACUUCUUCCCUAUUCUAACUGUACUUCAAGCAGUUGGAGGAGGCCUGCUCUAUUAUGCAUUCCCAUAUAUUAUAUUGGUGUUAUCUUUGGUUACCCUGGCUGUGUACAUGUCUGCUUCUGAAGUAGAGUCUUUCAAGGAUCUUCUUGUCAGGAAGAAAAGGCUUGUCGUUCUUUCUAGCCACUGGUUACUUCACGCCUAUGGAAUCAUCUCUAUUUCCAAACUGGAGAGACUUGGCCAGGAUCUACCACUGUUGGCUUUGGUACCUGCACCUGCCCUCUUUUACUUACUUACUGCAAAGUACACUGAACCUUCACGCAUCCUUUCAGAAGGAGCAAAUGGACAUUAAAUGUAACUUGUGCCAACAGCCCAGUGAAACUGUCCCAGUAAUAUGGAUUAAAGAAUUUCAGUGCUUGUUAUGCCCUUCAGCUCUUCUUAGACUAAAGUUGUCAUUUCUGUACAAGACAUUUUCUGGGUAAAACAUCGUAUAGAAUCUAAGAGUAAGACUAUGUAAACUUAGCUUCUCUAACUUCAUGAAGGGCUUGUAAAAAAUCAAAGUGGAUAAUGUCUUAAUCUAUAUACAUUUUUUACUAUGUAUAAAUACUGGUGGCACAUACCUUGUAAUAUAAGUUUUGUUGGUACCUUAUUUAUUUAUUUCACAAUGCCAUAUAUUAGCAUCUGUUUGAAUAAAGUAGCAAAAUAGA